CGCCCUCCCGCCCGCGCUGCCGAACUUGCUCUAACUUCCUCGGCCGAGCCGGGCCGCGUCGUGCCGAGCCGCCGCCGCCGGGUCCUGCAUCUCAGAAGAUGCACUAUUAUCGAUACUCUAAUGCUGAGGUCAGCUGCUGGUACAAGUACCUCCUUUUCAGCUACAACAUCGUUUUCUGGCUGGCUGGAGUCGUCUUCCUCGGAGUUGGGCUGUGGGCAUGGAGCGAAAAGGGAGUGCUGUCCGACCUCACCAAGGUGACGCGGCUGCAUGGAAUCGACCCCGUGGUGCUGGUGCUGAUGGUGGGCGUGGUGAUGUUCACGCUGGGCUUCGCCGGCUGCGUGGGGGCCCUGCGGGAGAACAUCUGCCUGCUCAAGUUUUUCUGCGGUGCCAUCGUGCUCAUCUUCUUCCUGGAGCUGGCCGUGGCCGUGCUGGCCUUCCUGUUCCAGGACUGGGUGAGGGACCGCUUCCGGGAGUUCUUCGAGAGCAACAUCAGGUCCUACCGGGACGACAUCGACCUGCAGAACCUCAUUGACUCCCUCCAGAAAGCCAAUCAGUGCUGUGGGGCAUAUGGCCCUGAAGACUGGGACCUCAACGUCUACUUUAACUGCAGUGGCGCCAGCUACAGCCGGGAGAAGUGCGGGGUGCCCUUCUCCUGCUGCGUGCCAGAUCCUGCGCAAAAAGUUGUGAACACGCAGUGUGGCUAUGAUGUCAGGAUUCAGCUGAAGAGCAAGUGGGACGAGUCCAUUUUCACGAAGGGCUGCAUCCAGGCGCUGGAGGGCUGGCUCCCACGGAACAUUUACAUCGUGGCUGGCGUCUUCAUCGCCAUUUCCCUGUUACAGAUAUUCGGCAUCUUCCUGGCGAGGACCCUGAUCUCAGACAUUGAGGCGGUGAAGGCAGGGCAUCACUUCUGAGGAGCUGAGUCACAUCGUGGAGACCACCUGCGCUGCAGAGGAGGGAAAGCCAACAUCCAGCCCUGUCUUCAGCAGUACCAUGUGGACCCCCGGCGCUGCUGGCUGCUGCUCCAGACUGGCGUGCCUUCUUACCUGCUCACAGCCAGGACUGCCGCCUCAAUGGGGAUUACCCAGAGACAGAGACUGGAUGUGGGGGUAGCAGCUCCGAGGGACAGGCGAAACUUCCACUGGCCGUGAAGGGGAUUGGGCUCAGGCCCCUGCAAACCAAGUCCUCCCAUGGGACCCCUUGCCUCUCCGCCACGGGCUUUGGGUCACUGGCACUGGCCAGGCUUGGGCAACACCAGCUCAGGGGCCUUUCUGCAACUGGGGACCCGCGUGGACUCUGGCCCCUGGGGGCGCUGUGGUGGCACACACUCAUCGGGGUCAUUUGCCAAGUUCUCAGCCAGGUCCCAGCACAGUGUGCUCGGACAUUUGGGGACUGGUGCCCCAGGGGUGCCUCAUUUGUCAUCCCUGAGGGCCUCAUAGCCAGGUUCCGGGGCAGAGCAUGUCUCUGGCCUCAGCAACAGACUGCCUGAUAGGAGCCUGGCCUGCGCUGAGAGCCGGCUCUCGUUUUCUUAGAUGUGUAAAUAGUUUAUUUAUAGGGGUAAGGAUGUUCUCACACCAUUUCCUUCUUCCCUCUCAUCUUCCCCUCUCAACAGCCUUACACACUGUCCCUUUCAGUUCCCCCGAGUGUCCCAAGAGCCAGUCUGGGGCCUCUUUGUCCUUCCUGCCCACACACCAUCCCCAUCUCCCGGGCAGUGUCCAGGGCACCCCCCACCUCCUCCCCCGCCCCCCGCUUGGCCUCACUCUCUUCUGGUCUUGGUGCUACUGAAACUGUUUGCCCAGAACUUGAAUCCUGACUCUGACACUGAGCAGCCAGGGAGCCUGGCCUGAGAGCAGAGCCAGCCUGAAGCUUUGAGGCUGGGGCUCCUAUCCUGGCCGCGCACCAAGGGCCAGCCAACAGGCCCAGGCCAAGCCCGAGAGCCCACGCUGUGGCUGCCUGGUAGCAGGUAUUUGUUUUCUCCCCUUGGGUGACAACUCCACCCACUGGGAUGUUGGUGGUCACUGCCGGGACCCUUCUGAAGCUUGAUAAUUGGGCAUGAAGUUUGUCUUAUGCAGAGAAUGGCACCGUAGGCGUGCAUCCACUCCUAGGCUGCUCGCUGACAUGCCUAAGUGGCAGGUGCUGGUUCUGUCCUCGUUGUUCAGGGAUCGCGUGCUGCCCUCAGCCCUUGCCAGAGUGAACGUUCUUUGCCGGGAGUGCUGGGGGGUGUCUGCAGAGGAUGCCAGUGAUGUAGGUUUUUUGACUUGUUUUUUUACACAUCUCUGUAGACUGGGGGGAAGAACAGUGCUUGUGGUUUUAGGAAGUGUGAUGCUUCUCCUUGACUGCCAAACUCUUUUAUGGAAUUAUAUCUUUGUAUUAAUGCUGC